CCCCGGGCAGCGCGGGGAGCGCUCCGCUCCGCCCCGCAGGAAGCGGAAAGCGCCGCUGACCUUCCCCCUCUCCUCCUCCUCCUCCUCGUCCGUGCCCUGCGGCGGGCUCGGAGCAUGGCGGUGCCGCGGCUCUUGCGGGCAGCAGCCCCGCGGCUCUUCAGCACCGUCCCGGCCCCGGCCCCGGCCCCGGCAGCCAGCCGGCCCCGCGCUGAGGAUGACAAGCUGCUGACCGAGCCUCUCAGCCACCCCGACUUCUUCAACGUGAAGGAGCUGUUCACCCUGAAAGAUCUCUUUGAUGCUCGGGUGCACCUGGGCCACAAAAAGGGAUGUCGGCACAGGUUCAUGGAGCCCUACAUCUUCGGCUGCCGCCUGGACCAGGACAUCAUCGACCUGGACCAGACCAUGCAGCACCUGCAGCUGGCCCUCAACUUCACGGCGCACGUGGCCUACCGCGGGGGCAUCAUCCUGUUCGUCAGCCGCAAGCGCCAGUUCUGCCACCUGGUCGAGAGCACGGCGCGGGCGUGCGGGGAGUACGCGCACACCCGCUUCUGGCAGGGCGGGCUCCUCACCAACGCCCACGUCCAGUUCGGCCCCGGCGUGCGCCUGCCCGACCUCCUCGUCUUCCUCAGCACCCUCAACAACGUCUUCGAGCCGCACGUGGCCAUCCGCGACGCGGCCAAGAUGAACAUCCCCACGGUCGGGGUGGUGGACACGAACUGCAACCCGUGUUUGAUCAGCUACCCCAUUCCCGGGAAUGACGACAGCCCCGCGGCCGUGGAGCUCUACUGCAAGCUCUUCAGGAUGACCAUCAUCCGUGCCAAGGACAAGAGGCGGCACAGCGAGGCCGCCGAGGAGCUGCGGAGCAAAGCCCAGGGCAAGUAGAGCCCUAGGGAUGGGCUCAGUGCCUCUGCUCCAGUUCCGUGGGAGCUUUCCAUUCCCACCAGCUUUUGGCACAGCUGGCGGGCUGAGGACGGGACCCCCCAGUCCUGUGCGCAGUGAUCCCACAGCAGCCACAGCCAUGGAGGGUCUGUAGCUCCAAAAAAUUGUCCAGAGCAAUGCAAGGGAAAGUGGAGCCAGGACAGCCCCUGCUCCUGUCCUUGAGUUUGUCACUGUUGCAGGGAGGUGCUGCUGUUCUGUGGCUUUCCUGAGCUCAUGAUCUCACUCGAAACCACUUGUAUCUUGUGUGUCUUCUUAGUAAAUAAAAGGAUUUAGCCCUGUGA